GGCACCUUCGCUCCGAUCGAUGGCUCUCUGUCAACAAUGUACUUUCUUCUGAAAUAUUUAUGAAAUAACCCAACAAACGUACUAAUUACUUCUAAAACUCUAGAAAUAAGCUUUGAAUACGUAUUUAUGUUUCUUCGUUUCAAAGUAGAUAGUGAAAGGUGACAAGUGAAAGUGCGGUGCAUGUCAGAGAGUGACUGGUAUUGUUGUAGCUAGCAUAUGCGUGCGGAUUCCUGGCGAAUGUUACGUAAUUAAAGGGCCAUGUCGUGGGCCAAGAAGCCGGGAGGCCCGCCCGGGGACCAGGCGGCCUUCAACCCCCAGCAAUUCAAUAAUCAACAAAAUAUGUACCCGGGCUACGCCGGGGCGCCACCACAGCAGUGGCCCCAACAACAACAACAGAACCCCCAACCCCAACAACAGCCACAGCAAUACAAACAAUACCCCUACCAACCAGAGUACCCCAACGCCAACCAAAUGUACCAGCAGCCAUACAACCAGAACUACCCGGGCUACCAACCACAGCCCGGCUACCAAUACUACCCCAAUCAGCCCAACCAGCCUCAGCCUGGCCAGACAGACGCCUGGGAAGACAACUGGGACUGGGGCUGGGACGAGUCUGCCAAACAAGCACAACUCGCGGCCCAAAAUCCACCACAAGCGUUCAACAACGCAAACGUCAUCGAAGAAAGCUUCGCUUCGACUGACACUUGGAACUGGUCCAUGGAAGACAAAAAGGAAGAAAAACCUGUUGAAGAACCCAAACCUGAACCACCCAAAGAGGACGUCAAGCUUAGCGACAAGGAGACAGUCAAAGAAAGAUUACCAAACUUAGCGCUCGGGAAAAGACUGAACUCCGACUUGACGCCUCAGUGGUCUAUCGAAUCCCAAAUGUCUCAGGAAUCCAGCGAUCCUCUCCACUCCGAAAGCACGUAUCGGAGCGAAAAUCAAUCUAGGAAUUCCACGAAAAGUAGCCCGGGACAUAACGAUACUACUAACUUUAAUUUCCAAGGGCAAGAGGAACUAAUGCCGCCGAUAGAUUGGCCCACGCCCACGGUUGACGACGCCGAGAGAAGAGACCGCAAACCUGACGAGCUCGCUUCUUCCCUGCAAGAAAUGAGCAUCGCUAACGACGAACAGGAGAGGCACGAGGCGCCCUCGCCGGCCCGCUCCCCCGCCAUCCCUCCUCCGCCCGUCUCCACCCUACCGCUGCCCCCGACUAACUUCCCGACUUCCAGCCAGAACCCCUUCAAAAACACUGGCUCGUUCUCCCAUAAAAGCACUCCUAGUAAAUCGACCACGCCGAAUCAACCAUUCCCAGGCAUGACCACCUUAAAUUCUCCAGCUGCGGUUAACAAAGUCCAGCACAGACCUCCGGUAGGCUUUGGAGCGAAUUUGGAAACCACUCCUGAUAACUCCGAGCGUCCCGACCAACCCCAGGUCGCUUUUAGACCGCUGCAGGUGACCCCGCAGGUGCCGGACAACUUGGAAGUCGCUCCGCAGAACGAUAGGAACCAGUAUUUGCAGACGGCGCAUCUGUCUACCGCCGAUUACGAGAACACUGAUUUUAGUAGAGGCUUGCCACCGCCCCCGGGGUUAAGAAGGAUGGUCGUCGGCCAACAGGAGUCUAAUGCUGAUGAGCCACCCCCAGGUUUAGCCCGCAUGGUACCCGGUCAGCAAACUGAAGCGGACAACUCUUAUAAUCAGCCAGACAACUACAUGGAUAGGCACAUAGACGGCCAACCUACGGACGAGAAUCCCCGUCCGUAUCGUCAAGCUGACGGUCAGCAAACUCCUGACUACUCCCAACCGCAAAGAACGCGACCUAUCAUAGACAGGAUGGUUCCAGGCGAGCCUAGCAACGACGAGUACCCUCAAUACCAAGCUGGGUAUAACGAACACAGGGUUGUGACGGGCGUGGACCAUGAUUACCCUAACGCCGGACCUUCUGACAUACGCGAGCAAAACGUUGACGGUUCCGACUACACGGAACCACCUAUUAGGAACCCUUUUAACGUCCGCGGAAGCUCGAAUGACGUGUCCACAGAUUACAACGGACCUCCCGAGGAACAGCAGCGCGAAGUCAUGAUGGAAGGCGAAAAUCUUCAAGAUCUCAGCUCCAUUGCACCUACUGAUUUAACGUAUACGAGGGACUUUGAUGGAGCCGAUACUAACGCUACAGACCCGGGAACGGAUAGGAAAACGGAUUUAUCUGAGAACGACCAUCCCGUGUCUAGUUCUCGCCGUCAGUCUAUUAACAGGACUUCAGGGGAAGAUUCAGAGCGAGACAGGAUUAAAUCGAGUCCUAGGAGAGACAGGAAACACAAGUCCUCACGAGACAAGGAUAGAGAUGAUGGGAGGUAUUCUAGGGACAGGAAAUACGAUAGGGAUGGGAGGUCCGGGAGGAGGGAGCGAGAUGAUAAGGAUAGGAGGGAGAGGAGGGACGGCAGGGAAAGAGAGGCGAGCCCUGAGAGCAGGAAGCAUCGUCGCGGGACCAGAAGUCGGCGGUAUGAGACGGAAGAUACGGAUUACUAUAGCGACAGGGAAAGAGAACGCAGACGCUACCGCGAAGGCUCGUACUCAACCAAGCCUCCCCGGCCGGACGACUACCGUCGUUACGACGACCGCCAUCGCUACAACACGAUCGAGCGCGAUCGUCGCUACGACGACGACGAGCGACGUCGCUACGGACGGUACAGGGACAUUGACCCCAAUCGGAAGUAUGGCAGCUUGCGAAGAGACGAGGAUAGGAGAGUUGUGACGUUUUCGGGUGACGUGAAAGACCCCGAUAGAAAAGGCGACCCAUACUCGUCUCCCUCCCGCGCCGAGUCUCGCGACGCGGGUCCCACCGACGACGAGUUGAAUGACACGCUCGCGUCGACCGAUUCCCGUCGUCGGUCAGACAGGGACCGAGAGCGGGAUAGGCAUAGACGUCGGCACCGCACUGACGCGUACUACGAUGGUUAUGGCAGCGUGUAUUCCGAUCCGUACGCGCUCCAACGACAACAAUACCAAUACUACGAGCACUUACGCCUCACCAACCCCACUCGCUACAUGGAGAUAUACAAACAAAUCAUGGCGGGGCAACCCCCGCCGCCUCCGCCACCCGAAUAUUUAGCUGCGGCUAGCAAAAUUACCGCCAUGCAAGGCUACGGUUCCCUCGGAUACGACAACAGGGGUGACGAGCGCGGCAGUGUGCAUUCCGGCCGCUCAAGCGCCAACGGUCUUAAGGGAACCGACACGUACUAUGGGCGGUAUGACGCUUCGCUACGCGACGCGCCUUCGCUACGCACCGAUCUUUCUGACAGGGAGCUGAACACAGACGCGUCUCUGAACCUGCACUUGGAAGACUCAACGGUACGCUCCGAACGCAUGACGCCGUUCAAAUUCUCCACGGCGCAUAUAAAGGGCAACAUCUCGUCCCGCCAUAUAGUGGUUGUCCGUCCGUCUUACCCCGUGGACGGAUUACCCGCUACUGUCCAAAUAGUGUCGCUAUCAGCGUCGCUAGCUUCCGACCCUAGUGUGAGGGAGCUAGUGCAAUACCCCGGCCCGCUUGUCAAAGGCGUGACCCACAAGAAGAGCGUAAUAGAAUACUGCGCGAGCCGCGUUCGAAACGCCGGAGGGCGCGGCGACGUCAUCGGUUACGUGCUACUCUGGCAGCUUUUAGCUCUGCUACUCAAACAGAAUGGGGUGGUGGUCGGUAUUGACAUCGCCGAGCUGUUGAUGAAGAAUAAGCGUGAUUAUGAAUUAAAUACUAACGGGAAACCAACACAGCAAGUAGCCGAUGGCCGACGAUCGAGCGUUUCAGAGGAUGACGCCAAUGCAACACCCUCGACGGAACAAACUCCGCCAGAAGAGCCCAGUUUCUCGCGACAGAGCGGUAUCGAUGAAAAAACCGCCGUGGACCAACUGAGAGAGUAUCUGACUUAUGGAAACAGGCAGGAGGCUAUCGAAUGGGCCAUGUCACACAACCUGUGGGGUCACGCGUUUCAGCUGUGCGCGCACGCGGACCGCCGCACACGCGCUGCGGUUGCCGCGCGUUUCGUAGCCGGCGUGCCAAGGAACGACCCGUUACAUACUCUAUACCACACGCUGGCUGGACGGCAACCGCCCGAGUCUGAGUGGGGUGACUGGCGUCCACAUGCUGCCAUCAUUCUGUCUAACACAUCAUCGAAACCAGAAAACGAGACAAGGACACUCACGCAACUCGGAGACUCUCUCUCCGCCCGGGGCCUCCUAUACUCCGCCCAAUUCUGCUACAUCUCCGCUCGCGUCCCGUUCUCCCGGCACCCGCUAGCCCCCUUCUCCGCUCCCCCCACCGUGCCGACCUCGCCCCCUCGCCUGGCGCUGCUCCUGGCCGACUCGAGAGCGGACUCGCUGAACCAACUGGCGACGAAUGAGGCGAUAUUCGCCACGGAGAUAUACGAGUACGCGCUGUCGCUUAGUCAGGAUUAUUGUAUUGCGGAGUUACAGGCAUACAAAUUCCUCCUGGCGUGCCGUCUAGUGGACGCCGGCGAGUACGAACGCGCGUUAGCGUACACAGAGGCCCUGGCACGCGCUGUGACGCGUACGCCGCGCGACUACCCUCAGCAGCUAGUGGCCCAGUUGUACCAAUUGGCUGACAGGCUCAAAUACCACGAUCCAGCUCUAAACGAGGACCCACCCCUAGUGGAAGAAGGUGAACAGAGCGAACCGUCCCCAAGGCACCAGCAAUGGCUGGAGGACGUCGCUGGGGUGGCACAAGUUUUAGAGGCGGAGGCGGAAGCGUCAAAACAAGCGACUCCCGUCCACCAACCGCCGCCCGUAGAAAUGUACGCGCCAACGCAGUACACCUGGGAACAGACGGCGCAGCCGCCCGAACUCUAUAACACGCAACCGUUACAAUCAGCGUACCCCGAGCCCUACCAACCCGAGCCGUACCAACCGGAGCCCUACCAGCCCGAGGAGCCGUUCUACCCGCGCCAGCAAUCGACGGAGUACGCGGACCCCGAGUACUGGCCGCAGGAACAGUACCAGUACGAGGAGGACAAGCCGCGCGUAAGUACCCGCCGCGCCCCUACCGCCCGCGUCCCGCCCCGCACACUACACACGCUCCCCGCCUUCGACGAGUCGCUAGAGAUGAUCGAGUACCACCGCUCGCCAGGCCUCCGCAAACGCAUACACCCCAAAAACAAAACCGUCAAUGUAGGCUUCCAAGAACUGAGAACAUCCCCCGGCCGAAUGAGAACCAUAUCACGCGGCAGCACAGACUCGAGCGAUAGCAAAAAGAAACCCCUAUCAGACUUAGAUAUACAGAUAGCUCACAGCCCGCAACUAGGCCUCUCAGCAAACGAACCUACAAAGUCACAAAUGUUCGAAGCGAAUAGACGCGGACGGUACGGCAAAGUCAUAAGCAACACUGUCGACACUUGGGCCAGGCAGACCAUACACGUUCGCGACGGCACGUACAAACCUCUCAUAUUCGGCGGGACUUAUCCUAUCGAAGUACCCGCUUCGCCCGAAGAAAAAGUAGUCAAAAAACCUAUCGCUGAAGUAAAAGCUACCAUAGACCAAGCGACACAUAGACGAGAGUUAAAGAAAACUAUAGAACGCAGCUUAGAUAGGUUCGAAGCGAUUCUAGCAAAAAGAGACCCGACUACAAAGCGACAGGCGUUUUCCAAACGCGUUGUCAACACUUUCGAUAUAGAUGUGCCGGUCAACGUUGGCGAAACCAGAGAUGUAUUGAAAGAUAAAGAUGCGAGGUAUUAUGUGUCGGGACCGAAGACUUUCAAUAUUGAUGAACCUGUGGCGUUCAUAUAAGUAACUUACGGAAAAGUUGCGAAAUAAUGAUGAUAUUACUGCUAGUACCUGUAGAUAACGCUUUAAAUUUGGUAUGAGUUGAUAAAAAAUGUUUUAUUUUUUAUAAUGGUCAAAAUAAAUGUGUGUUGCUAAAAGAAUCUCCGUUCGUUGUAAGAAUGUGUUGCAUAAUUUGUUUUUAUGAACGUACUUCAAGUUGAUUAGUUAUAAAAUAAGAUGAUAAAAGUACAGAGAAUUAAAAUCUCAGGUCCUCCCAUAGGCACUGGUUUCACCAUAAACGAGUAAGCGAUGAGUUAUCGGCUAUAGAAACGAACAAAAGAUACUCGCUCCCGUGUAAAUAUGUAGUUGGGUGAAUCAACUUUCUCUUGCCUGUUAUUGC